AUGGAAGUGCAGUUAGGGCUUGGAAGGGUCUACCCCAGGCCACCCUCCAAAACCUAUCGAGGAGCUUUCCACAACCUAUUCCAGAGUGUGCGUGAAGUCAUUCAGAAUCCAGGCCCACAGCAACCUGAGGCCACAAGUGAAACACCUCUAGGCUCCCAUUUGAAACACCAGCAGCAGGUGAUAAGCCCGCAUCAGCAGCAACUGGGUGAAGAUGGCUCUCCUCAAGGCCAGAACAGAGGUUUCAAGGGCUACCUGGUCUUGGAGGAGGAGCAGACGCCUUCACAACAGCACUCAUCCUCCCUUAGCCACCCUGGGAGCGCCUGUCUCCCAGAGCCUCGAGUCCUGGCUGCCUCUAGUCAGAGAUUGCCAAGGCCACCUGCACUUCCAGAGGAUGACUCAGCUAUCCCAUCCACAUUGUCUCUACUAGGCCCUACUUUCCCAGGCUUAAGCAGCUGCUCCUCAGAGCUUAAAGACAUCCUUAGUGAGACUAGAACCAUGCAACUCCUUCAGCAGCAGCAGCAACAACAACAACAGCAGCAGCAACAACAACAACAACAGCAGCAGCAAAAGCGACAGGAGGAGGAAAAGGCUAUAUCUGAAAGCAACAGCAGUGAGAGAGCAAGGGAGGCUAUUGAGGCUCUCACUUCCUCCAAGGACAGUUACCUAGGGGCCUCUUCAACCAUCUCAGACAAUGCCAAGGAGCUGUGUAAGGCAGUGUCAGUGUCCAUGGGCUUGGGUGUGGAGGUAUUGGAGCAUCUGGGUCCUGGGGAACACCUUCGAGGGGAUUGCAUGUUCUCUUCACUUCUGGGAGGUCCACUCACUGUACACCCUACUCCUUGUGCCCCUUUGGCUGAAUGCAAAGGUUCUCUACUGGAGGAAGGCCCAGGAAAGGACACUGAAGAAACUGCAGAAUAUUCCCUUUUCAAGGGAGGUUACACCAAAGGACUGGAUGGUGAGAAUUUAGGCUGCUCUGACAAUGGUGAAGCAGGGGGCUCUGGGACGCUAGAUUUUUCUUCCACUCUCUCUCUUUGCAAGUCUGGAGCACUGGAUGAGGUAGCAGCAUACCAGAGUCGAGACUAUUACAAUUUCCCACUGAACCUAGCUGGGCCAACUCCUCCUCUGCCACCCCACCAUUCCCAUGCCCGUAUCAAGCUGGAGAACUCCCUGGAUUAUAGCACCUCCUGGGCUUCUGCUACAGCACAGUGCCACUAUGGUGACUCAGGGAGCCUGCACAGUGGGGUUGCAGCUGGACCUGGAUCCAGUUCACCCUCAGCUGCCUCAUCUUCUUCUUGGCAUACACUCUUCACAGCUGAAGAAGGCCAACUGUAUGGACCUUUUGGUGGUGGCAGUGGCAGUGGCCCAGGCCUUGAGACUGGGACCAUAGUUCCCUAUGGUUACACUCGGCCACUUCAGGGGCUGGUGGGCCAGGAAAAUGACCUCCCCCCUCCCGAUGUGUGGUAUCCAGGCAGUGUGGUGAGCAGAGUGCCCUACCCAAGUUCCAGCUGUGUCAAAAGCGAACUGGGUCCCUGGAUGGAAGGCUACUCCGGACCUUAUGGGGACUUGCGUUUGGACACUGCCAGGGACCACGUUCUACCCAUCGAUUAUUACUUUCCACCUCAGAAGACCUGCCUUAUCUGUGGAGAUGAAGCUUCUGGCUGUCACUAUGGAGCACUCACUUGUGGAAGCUGCAAAGUCUUCUUUAAGAGAGCUGCUGAAGGAAAGCAGAAGUAUCUGUGUGCCAGCAGAAAUGAUUGCACCAUCGAUAAAUUCCGAAGAAAAAAUUGCCCAUCUUGUCGCCUCCGGAAAUGUUAUGAAGCAGGGAUGACUCUGGGAGCUCGGAAACUGAAGAAACUUGGUAACCUGAAACUACAGGAGGAAGGAGAGGCCUCCAAUGCCACCAGCCCCACAGAGGAGUCAACUCAAAAGCUGACAGUGUCACACGUCAAAGGCUAUGAGUGUCAGCCUAUUUUUCUGAAUGUUUUGGAAGCCAUUGAGCCAGGUGUUGUGUGUGCUGGACAUGACAACAACCAGCCUGACUCCUUUGCAGCCUUGCUUUCUAGCCUCAAUGAAUUGGGCGAGAGACAGCUUGUACAUGUAGUCAAGUGGGCCAAGGCCUUACCAGGCUUCCGUAACUUGCAUGUGGAUGAUCAGAUGGCAGUCAUUCAGUAUUCCUGGAUGGGCCUUAUGGUGUUUGCCAUGGGCUGGCGGUCCUUCACCAAUGUCAACUCUAGGAUGCUAUACUUCGCCCCAGACCUGGUUUUCAAUGAGUACCGCAUGCACAAAUCCCGGAUGUACAGCCAGUGUGUCCGAAUGAGACAUCUUUCCCAAGAGUUUGGAUGGCUUCAAAUCACCCCCCAAGAAUUCUUAUGCAUGAAGGCUUUACUUCUAUUCAGCAUUAUUCCCGUGGAUGGACUGAAAAAUCAAAAAUUCUUUGAUGAACUUCGAAUGAACUACAUCAAGGAACUUGAUCGUAUCAUUGCAUGCAAAAGAAAAAACCCCACAUCCUGUUCAAGGCGCUUCUAUCAGCUCACCAAGCUCCUGGACUCUGUGCAGCCUAUUGCACGAGAGCUGCAUCAGUUCACUUUUGACCUGCUAAUCAAGUCCCACAUGGUGAGCGUGGACUUUCCGGAAAUGAUGGCAGAGAUCAUCUCUGUGCAAGUGCCCAAGAUUCUUUCUGGGAAAGUCAAGCCCAUCUAUUUCCACACACAGUGAAGCUUUAAAAGCCCCUAUUUUCCCUACUCAGUCCACUCUCAUUUUCAGAUAUAUUCUGCCUGCUUUCACUCUGCACUACUUCUCUGCAGUGCCUUGAGGGAAUUUCCUCUAUUGAUGUCUGUCGUGAAGAUGUUCCUGGCUUC